CGAGUUCCGUAACCAGAGGAGGAGGUGGAGGAGGCGGUCUGGGAAACAUAUACACACAGAAACACACACAGCCUGAGUGCAACAGCGCAUGCAAGGUCAAAGUACGCAACUUUUCCGAGCGCCUUAACGGACGGAGCGGAGACACCGGACUCAGCCUUGCUCUUUGUGAUCAUCUCCCAAGUGGGAAUAGGAAUGUGGGCUGCAAGUGGAACCGAGUGUCAAAGGUCAAACCCCUGCCCGUGACGGACACCAUGACCUCCGACCUGAACCUGAGCUCCCUGUUGAACGUGAGCGACCUACACAAUCAGUCGCGAGGAUGCUCGCUCACCAAGACGGGCUUCCAGUUCUACUACCUGCCCACCGUUUACAUCAUGGUCUUCAUCACGGGCUUGGUGGGCAACAGCUUGGCCAUCUGGAUGUUCGUGUGCCACAUGCGCCCGUGGAGCGGCAUCUCCGUCUACAUGUUCAACCUGGCGCUGGCCGACUUCUGCUACGUGCUCUCGCUGCCCUUCCUCAUCUUCUACUACUUCAACAAAACCGACUGGAUCUUCGGCGACGUGCUGUGCCGGCUGCAGCGCUUCAUCUUCCACGUCAACCUCUACGGCAGCAUCCUGUUCCUCACCUGCAUCAGCGUGCACCGCUACACCGGAGUGGUGCACCCGCUCAAGUCCCUGGGCCGGCUCAAGAAGAAAAACGCCGUCAUCACCAGCGCCCUGGUGUGGGCCGUGGUGGUCCUGGCCAUCUCGCCCAUCCUCUACUACUCGCGGACGGGCUCCAAACGCAACGCCACCACCUGCUACGACACCACCACCGAGGAUGAGCUGCCCGGUUACUUCAUCUACAGCAUGACCUUGACCGUCUUCGGCUUCUGCGUCCCCUUCAUCAUCAUCUUCGCCUGCUACGGCAUGAUCGUCAAAGCCCUGAUCUGCAACGACAUGAAUAACGCGCCCCUGCGGCAGAAAUCCAUCCACCUGGUCAUCAUCGUCCUGGCCGUCUUCGCCGUCUCCUACCUGCCUUUCCACGUCAUGAAGAACCUGAACAUGCGGGCCCGGUUGUACUUCCAGAGCCCGGCCAUGUGUGACUUUAACAACCGCGUCUACGCCACCUAUCAGGUGACCCGCGGUCUGGCCAGCCUCAAUAGCUGCGUGGACCCUAUCCUCUACUUCCUGGCCGGCGACACGUUCAGGAGGAAGCUGUCGCGGGCCACCAAGAAGCCCUCCAAGAAGGGCGACAACGCGCUGCAGUCCAAAAGCGAGGAGACGGCACUUAACAGUCUGGCGGAAUACGUGGAGAACGGCGAGCGGCGGAUGUGACCCGACAGUGUUGGAUAACAGAAGCGACCCGGAAGGGCCAUUUUGACCCCUAUGUGGAUACGCUCUUGUGAUGUGUCACACUGGCCACAAUAUUAGGUACACCAAAGUACAAGGAUGCGCCAUUUUGUUGUGAUCUCUCAUGCCCGGUCGACGUCCAUUCAUAUAUGUAUUUAUGCGUAUUGUAUUUAUCUGCGUGACCUUGACUCGUCGUAGCACUUUCUGUAACAAGCUGCAUAAAGAACAGAAUAAGUGCUACGGAAAACGGAUGGAUGGAGAUGUCCAAACAGCCGCGUCAAUCAAAAGCAUCACCCUCCUUGUAACCAUCACGCCGUGCCUAAUAUUGUGGCCUUUGCGUCAAUCCCAAGGUUUCGUACUCUGGACAAAAAAAAAAAAAAAAGGGGGGGUUCGCUCUUGAAUUUGCCGAGGUGUAAAGAUCGGAACCUGCACUCAGCAGUCACUGAGCGUGUUCUCCAUCGAGGGCCGUUAAGCAGCUUCGGGGCGGCCGUAAUAGACUUGUAAGGACACAACAUUAGGUACACUUAAUGAUACUACAGGAGCUUUGUCAUACUGAUUUAUGCCACAAGACGUGUUUUGGAUCUCGUUAGAUUCCGUUCCUAAUGAAGUGUCCGGUGAAUACACUUACUGAGAUGGAGAUUGAAAUGCACUACACUGAACGAGGGGGGAGUGGGGAGGGGGUCCCUGCCUCCCCUCUUCUCUUCCUCCCUACUGCGGACCGCUUUGUCAGCUUGCCGUGCGGCCACCAUCUUGUUAACCUGCACAGACAAGAAGAAAACGAGAAGAUCAAUGCCAACAGUAUUUUGUGUAUAGGACAUUGUCAUGAUUGUUUUCGUCGCUGUACAGGAUGUCGUUUCAUAUGUGGACGUGGAGUCUGGUAGCAAAUACUGUCGCUAAAACUUGACUAACUGUUGAUUGCAACGUGAAUAAUAAAUGUUUUAAAAGCGA